CAACAUCUUGGGACGCUGUGCGGUUGGUUGGGUUGUGCUGAUGUAUGAGGGCUCGACGUUUUAUUUGUAAGAUCUCUCUCAAGGAGGUCAAAAUCAUUAGAGGGGAUGGACGAGCAGAAAUCAAACUGCGAAGAGAAUGACUCUGAACCAACAGCUGAUGACAGUGCCCCAGCAAAACAGCCUCUGUCCACUGAGGGAGAGUGUGUGGCCUCUCUUGCUGCCAAGGAUGUGCCUGAUGCUACUGUUGACGCUUCCAGGACUCCUGUGGAGAUUGUAAGGGCCUGUGCCCUCUGCAAUUGUGUGGAGCGCAGCCUGCAUGGACAGGGGGAACUCCAACGUUUUGGGCCAUCUUCCAAGCAGCUGACCCUGGAGCCCUCAGCUUCCUCACUGCCAGGGCCUGGGAAUGAUGACCUGUCUUCCAUCGGGUUUUCCGACUCCUCCUGUCUCGCUGCGCUUUUUGAUGACUCAGGGGGUUGUUGGGUCCAUCACUGGUGUGCGGUUUGGUCAAAGGGAGUAAAACGGUUGGAGAAUGAAGAGCUGGAGAAUGUGGACAAGGCUGUUAUCUCAGGGACACAGCGGCUUUGUGAAUACUGCAAAAGGCUUGGUGCGACCAUUCAAUGCCAUGCUGAUGGCUGCUCACGGUUCUACCACUUUCCCUGCUCAGCAGCAAGUGGUUCCUUCCAGUCCAUGAAGCGGCUGGCCCUCCUCUGUCCAGAGCACAUUGUCAAGGCAGAGGAGUUGGCAGGCGGGGAUGCCUGGUGUGCAGUGUGUGACUCAGCGGGGGAGCUCCAGGACCUGCUGUUCUGUACGGGUUGUGGCCAGCACUAUCAUGCUGCCUGUCUGGAGAUUGGGGCCACACCCAUCCAGCGGGCAGGAUGGCAGUGCCCGGAGUGUAAAGUGUGCCAGACAUGCAGGCAACCAGGAGAAGACUCAAAGAUGCUGGUAUGUGAUGCCUGUGAUAAGGGCUACCACACCUUCUGUCUACAGCCAGCUAUGGAAUCGCUUCCUUCUGACCCAUGGAAAUGCAGAAGGUGUCGUGUUUGUACAGGAUGUGGUGUACGCGGGCUGGUACUGCCAGGCUCGGCCCAGUGGUUUGACAACUAUGCUGUGUGUGAGGGCUGCCAGCAUCGCCGCAGCUCUGUGUGUGCCGUCUGCAGCAAAGCUACCAACCCAUCUGUUAUCCUGCAUUGCUGCAGCACAUGCCACAGGUGGGUGCACAGUGAAUGUGCAUCAUCAGCAGAACUUGCAGAGGAAAAACUCACCUGCUUGCUUUGUAAGGAUGCUCAGCAGCAGACUGUCACUCAAACAGACUCAGCUGGGUUGCAAACUGUGGAGGCGUCUGACGAGACUGAGGGACGCGCAGAGUUGAGGGUAAUGACAAUCCAAGCAGGGGCCAGCAAGGUGACUGUAGAGCAGACAGAUGUGUCAGAGGGGAUAGUGGGACAGACAGACACAACAGAAGAGGUUUCGAUAGCCAAAGCCGAGGCUAUGGCAGAUGAAGAGACACCCAUGGAGCUGGGGUUUGAUGAUGAAGUUGUUGAGACGAUAGAGGUUGAGGAGAGCACCAUGGAGGCAGAGCCACAGCUAGUCAUAAAAGACUGCCUUUCAGAGGUGCCCGCUGCGAUACCAGAGUCUGCAGAAGAAUGUGGAGCAACAGAACAGAGGGACUUUUGUUUACCUGCUGUUCAAGAGGGCACACAGGAGGCCCCCUGCCAGCUGGACCAGGCAAGCCCUCAGCGGGACUCCAUGGUAGAGACCCAUUCUAAAGCUUCUGAGGAAGAACGAACACCAGUGUCACAACAGAGCAAUGAAAAGAUGGAGGAGGAGGAGGACGAGGACGAGAAGCAGGAGGUCAAGUCAUUAGCUGAGCAGAAAACAUUACAGAAGUUAUUAAAAAGCAGUUCUCAAGGCAUACUUGCUACUGACACCUCCAGCCAGGUUUCACCAAAGUUACCAAUUCCUCCUGCUUCCAUACAAGAAGUGGAGCCUAUGCUCACAGAGAUGGACGAGGUUGACCAGGAAGAGCAGGCUCCAUGUCAGGGCCAAGGAUCUCCAUGUCCUAAUCCCCCUCUGGACUCUCUGUCAGCAGACACACAGGAGGCCCCUUCUGUUGUAGACUUGAAAUGCAGGCUUCUCACUCACUCUGAUGAGGAGGAAGAGGAUGAGGAAGAAGAGGAUGAACAGGUAAAGGCUGAGGGGCAGAAUGAGGAGGUGAGGAUCAAACAGGAGUCGCUUGACUGUCAGGAGCAGGAGGUCAAGGCAGAGCUACUGCUAGAUGACAUGUCCAACAUGAGCCACGGAGAUGAGAGCAGCAGCGGUUUCCUGGGCUCCCCGGCAGAGCCCGACCCUCACCUCUCUUCAGAAUUGGGCCUUGGACCUGCUAGCCGCUCACGUGCAGACUCCCUGCUAACCGAGACUGAUGACUCCUUGCCCUUUGAACCCCUCAAGGGUGAUGGAGAGAAGGUGAAGCGGAGAGGAUCACCAGGCCGCUCACGGGUCAAACAUGGGCGGAGCAGCAGUUUCCCUGGGAAAAGGCGGCCCCGAGGGGGUGGUGGAGGGAGGGGUCGUGGCGGAAGAUCACGUCUGAAAGCAAUGGCCUCCUGCAUCGACGCGUUCUUGUUAAGCAUGACCUCAGACACUGGAUUAAGUAAGGAGGAAGAGGAGGAGGAGGAUGACACCAUGCAGAAUACAGUGGUGCUCUUCUCAAACACUGAUAAGUUUGUCUUGCUCCAGGACAUGUGUGUUGUGUGUGGCAGUUUUGGAAAGGGUGUUGAGGGGCAGUUGUUAGCUUGCGCUCAGUGUGCACAGUGUUACCACCCUUACUGCGUGAACAGCAAAAUCACAAAGAUGAUGCUCCGUAAAGGCUGGCGGUGUUUGGAAUGUAUCGUUUGUGAGAUGUGUGGGAAAGCAUCGGACCCGUCUCGCCUGCUGCUUUGUGAUGACUGCGACGUCAGUUACCAUACGUACUGCCUGGACCCACCCCUGCAUACUGUACCAAAAGGCGGCUGGAAGUGCAAAUGGUGUGUGUGUUGUAUACAGUGUGGUUCCAAGUCACCGGGGUUCCACUGUGAGUGGCAGAACAACUACACCCAUUGUGGCCCCUGUGCCAGCCUGGUCACCUGUCCUGUUUGCAAAGAGAACUUCAUGGAGGAAGAACUGUUGCUACAGUGCCAGCACUGUGAUAGAUGGGUGCAUGCUGUGUGUGAGAGUCUGUACACAGAGGAUGAAGUUGAGCAGGCAUCUGAUGAGGGUUUUGCCUGCACAUCGUGCACACCCUAUGUUCCCAAACCUGUAGUAGUGGAGUCAGCCAUUAUGGCUUCAAUAAAGAUCAAAGAGCCAGAGCCCCAGUUUUACCGGCUGGAGGGUGUUUGGCUGACUGAGUCAGGUAUGUCCCUGCUACGAAGCAUCUCUAUGUCUCCCCUGCACAAGAGACGGCAGCGCCGCUCCCGUCUGGGAACCCUGUGUGGUGAAGGCGGGUCUGAUGGCAUUGAGUUGAAGGAGGGAGAAGGAGAUGGAGAUGAGGGCAAAGCCUGUGGAGAACCCAUGGAGUGUGAGCCCAAGAAUGAGAACCCAGGGAGCCCUGAACGGGAGAUGGGUGCAGAGGGAGUUGCUGAAGGCAUGGUUGACUGUGAGGGUCUCAAAGGGGGGGCUGAAGAGACGGACGAUGGCAAAAAAAGAAAGAGGAAACCCUAUAGACCUGGGAUUGGGGGCUUUAUGGUUAGGCAGAGGAAGUGUCAUACACGGAUGAAGAAAGGAUUUUUUGCACAGCUGGCUGGAGAGACCACUUUAGAUGGACAGCCAUUAGAGAGAACCAUUGAGGAAGGACCCCACCCUGACACAGAUAACAUCAUGGAUCCCAAACCAGCUGAGGGGGAGGAACAGGCCAAGAAACGGCGGGGAAGGAAGAAGAGCAAACUUGAGGACAUGUUUCCUGCUUAUCUUCAGGAAGCUUUCUUUGGAAAGACACUCAUGGAUUUGAGUAAGAAAGCUGUCAUGGUGCACCCAACACAGAGACCAGGAACAUGCUCUUCCCGACCUUCACUGCUAGGGGUUAGACCUUCUGUCCCUGAGGCUGAGGCCAAGGAUCGGGGGGUGGAAGUUGCUCUACCUCUCAAACAGGAAGGGGGUGACGCACCCCAGGGUCAGGGUGAGGGAGUAGUUUCUACACCAUCCUCAUCUGUGAAGGACCAGGUGUUAACCAACUCACAAGGCUCUGAUACAGAGAAAAAUCUUCCACAAGGGGUGGAGAGUCAGGACUCUGAGCAGUUCUUCCGGAAAGUUCUGGGAGUGUCAGAGGGCUCCUCUUUGGGAGGCAUGAAGCCCAUCCUUGAGGGCAGUAAGGGAGAACUCAACCGCAGUACUCUGCCACAGAGACCUCUCCUCUCAGGGUCUCUGCCCUCUGCAGGAAUGAUGGAUGCCUUCCCUGGCCUCUCUCAGUCUCCAUUUUUUGACAUGCGUGAGCGUGGAGGGCUGUUCAGUCCAGAAGGUGGAGAGGACAGUCCCUGGGCCACUCCUUCCACUCCAGCCACACCAUCCACUCCACCCACCCCCACGGAGGCAGAGGGUGAUGGGCUUUCCUACAACCAGCGUAGUCUCCAGCGCUGGGAGAAGGAUGAGGAGCUGGGAGAACUUUCAACCAUUUCCCCUGUGCUCUAUGCCAACACUAACUUCCCUACUCUCAAACAGGACUACCCAGACUGGGCCAGUCGCUGUAAACAGAUUAUGAAGAUUUGGAGGAAGGUAUCAGCUGCUGACAAGGUUCCUUAUCUGCAAAAGGCCAAAGAUAACCGUGCAGCUCAGCGUAUCAGCAAGGCACAGAAGCAAGCGGAAAAUCAAGUGUGUCGGCCACUCAAGACAGAUCCUGGGCGCGUGAAAGCAGAGCGACCAAAUCUUCACCUCCAGAUUCCUCCACCAUCAGGCUCUGUCUCCACUCCUUCCCAGCCUAGCUCUGCAGAGAGCCCCUUUCCCUUCCCUCCAGAUUCUGGAUCAUCUUCAACCUUUUUCCCAGAUGGACCUGUCAAGACUCCAGGGUCGGCUGAAAUCCGGACCGAUCCCUUUGCUAAGCUGCCUCCUCAGUCCCCUCACCCUCACGCUCAUCCCACUACCCCCUUCUCCCAGGCCGGGACCAGCCCUUUGCAGGCCUCCUCCUCAGGUUAUCCCCCUUCCGGCCCACAGGGUCCUCCUCAGGGACAGCCGGCCAGUCUCGGCCCAUUCGACAUGCAACCAGGGACCCCUGGAACUCCCCGACGGGCCCAGCAGGUUGACCCCUAUUUCAAAUCACAACUGCAGCAGCAUCAGGGUCACCUGCUGCAGCAAGGCUCUCAGGAGUCCCUAGGACCCCCAGAAAGCCCUCGUCCAAGAGGCACUCUUCCUGGGGAGUCGCCCCUUUUCUCCCCAUCCCACAACCCUCAUUAUGGAGACCCUCUUAGAAGCCAGCAUGUGAUGGGGCGGCCAGAAUAUGGUUCAUCCCCAUCCCCCUCUGCGGUGGCAUCUUCACCGGUGGGCUUAGGGCAGUACAGGACUGACAUGAGUGCACCCUCUCCUCGUUCCUCUUCUCUUGGACGGCCUGACCAAGCCACUGGCUCCCCUGCUGGGAUGCUGGAGUCAGGGGAUGGUUUGUUCAAAGCACCUAUGAUGCCACGGAUGCACCAAGUUGAGGGUGGAGCGCUUCAUCCUGGAGCUUCCCCCAGUCACCCCUCUGAUGUCUACAGGCAGUCACCUUCCACACCUUUCUCUGACUCUUGCGGGCAGCCCCCCCUCACUCCCAGACCUCAGUCAGGAGAUAGCUGCUCCCCUGUGCCUCAGAGGCAUUCUGUAGCCCAACAGGAAUCCUGUUCUAGAGUGCCCUCAAGCCCCCAGUCCCAGGGCAGCUCUCAGUCACCUCUCACUCCAGGUGGUCUCUCCAAUGAUGCUUUUUCAGUCCACUCGCCUGCUACCCCUCGUUUCCAAUCCCCUGAUCCGUAUUCCCGACCGCCCUCACGGCCACAAUCUAGAGAUCCUUUUGCUGCUCUCCACAAGCCCCCUCGUCCAUCUUCUGCUGCCUCCGAGGGCACCCAGAGUUACCGAAGCUCACCUCAUCCCAACCAGCUGCCUCCACCCCCCCCUCCCUCCAAUCCUAUGGGGGAUCCUCUCUCCGGGAAGCCAACAGCACCUCCUCCUUUUAGUCGUAGCCCCAGCACGGGCAGCUAUCAAAUGACUCAGCAGCAGGCUCAAAUGGCUCAGGCUCAGAUACAGCAACCUCAGCCACAAACUCAGCAGACUUUGGGGACGGAUAACUUCAACUCCAGAGUACCGCCUCCCUCAGUGCCUCAAGACUCCACAACUGUCCAUCCUCCAGAAACAGCUCAUCAGCCAGCUAUGCCAGGCACCCAAGAAGUGCCUGACAUGCCAGCUGUGCAGGACCCUGAGUUGGAGAAGCACAGACAGCGCCAGAAACUCAGGGAGUUUCUCAUUCGACAAAUGCAAAGGAACUCAAUGAAACAAGAGAAGGAGGCUGCUGCUGCCAGCAAUACUGCCUCCGGCUGGCCUGGAGCAGAGAUGGGAGCUUUUCAACCAGAAAAGGUCCACAAGGCACCACCACCUUAUCCACAGGAUCGUGUUGCUGCUCCUACCACUGGAGCCCAGGCUGUUUUGGCAGGGAAGGCGACCAUGGUUGUUGGCAGCAUGGAUGAAAAGCUUAUACGCCCCCCACCUCCAGUAGCCACUGCUGUCUUGGACCCCAGUGUACUACGACCCCCAGGACCCACCAAUCCCCAGGCCAUGUAUGUCCGUCCUCCAUUCCCUCCUCAGUGGCAGGGCCAGGUCACUGGGCCACGAAGGUUUCCCCAGCCUGGCAUGGAAGCCAUGGGCCCAAGACACCAUAUCAAUCCCGCUGUCAACAUCCAAGCAAUGCAGGGAAUGGCUAACCCUCGAGUUAUGAUGCCAGGACCGGGAGGAGAGACCAUGCAGGCAAUGGGGCAGGUCCCCCCACCACAGUUCAUUGAAUUAAGGCACAACUCUCAGAGACUUCCCCUGGGACCACAGUUCAUGCCCCGGGGGGCUCAACCCAGGCCACGUCUCUAUGUCCCCCAGCAGGAAAUGGGAGCACCUUACAUUCAGCAGCAUUCCAUAGCUCAAGGUGGUGGCAUGCAAGCAGAUGGGGGCAGUGAGUCACAGCUGGGGUUACAGCAGGGUGGGCUGUCCAUGUUACUGCCUCAGCAACCUGCUGGCUCUGCAUCACAACAGCCCCAACUUCACCCCCAGGUAGCUACGCCUAACCCCAGUACUCCAAGCACCCAGCAGCAUCAGCCUCCGCAACCCAGCAUAGUAACAGAGUCACAGGCUGGCUCGGUGGACCCUAGUGUCGAUCUGCCAGAGCCUGAUCUAGAGGGCCUCAGUGAUGCUCCAGGAGAUGGAGGUGUGGAGGAUGAUGAUUUGGCUCUGGACCUGGACCCUGACAAAGGAGAUGAUGAUCUGGGAAACCUGGACAAUUUGGAAACCACUGAUCCACAUCUAGAUGACUUGCUCAACAGUGAUGAAUUCGACCUGCUGGCUUACACUGAUCCCGAACUGGACCAAGGAGACCCCAAGGAUGUGUUCUCAGACCAACUCCGGUUGGUUGAAGCUGAAAGUGAAGCACCUUCAUCUUGUCCUGCUUCUGGAGCUGUUAAGGUGGAAGAGGAACCCAAAGUGGAGCCAGGGCAAAACUCCCUUGCAACGGCCCCUGCUGCAGCGGGCAGCUCAGCUGCCCCACAACAACUUUCCACGGAGAGUGCUAACGCUAUUAAAAUCAAACUAGAGGACAGAGGCCUGACCCCACAGAUACAGCCAGGACAGACUGCGGUGAAGGAUGAAAUGGGAGAAGCUGUAUCCAUGUUGCUUAGUGGGACCACACCAUCAGCCAAGUCCACACAACCAGAGAGCCAGUCUGCUUCACUCGGUUCUGUUAGGUUAGGGGGGCUUCCUUACCCACUGCCCGGCCAAGCAGAUCCCUUGUCUUUCCCGCCAACUACCCCACAUCCAGAUAUGGGGGAUGAUCCAUUAGGACUGCCUGAUGUUGGGGGUCAGCACUCCCCUGCUGUGGAUCUGGCCAAGGUAGAGAGUUCAUUAGAUGGUGAGCUGCCUCUUCUGAUCCAGGAUCUGCUGGAACAUGAGAAGAAGGAACUACAAAAGCAGCAGCAGCAGCAACAACUCAGCUCUCUCCACCAGGGGGGCAUUGCAACACAUAUGCCAGGCAUUCCAGGUCAACAGCAAAACCCACAGGCACCUGGUCAGAUAAUGCUGCCCCAACACCACCGUCCACCACCCCAGGGAAUUAUGGGUCAGUCGAGGAUGGCGUCUCGUCCACCGCAUAUGCUGCAGCCACAGCAACAGCAGCAACCAAAGUUGAUGGGAAGUGGGAUUCCACCCCUACCUCACAUGAACAUGGCUCAGCAACAAGCUAUGAUAAGGAUGGGAGCGCCUGGGGUCAUGCAUCCAGGUGUUAAUCAGCAGCAGCAACAGCAACAACAGUUAGUCAAACAGUCGCCUUUGGCCAACAGCUUCUUUCCUGAUAAAGAUUUAGACAAAUUUGCUACUGAUGACAUCAUGGAUCCUAUUGCAAAGGCGAAGAUGGUUGCACUUAAAGGUAUCAAGAGAGUGCUCGCACAGGACCCAUUGGGUGUCCCCCCUGGGAUUAACAGACAACAAGUUUCUCUGUUGGCCCAGAGGCUGGUCUCAGCCCCAGGAACAGAUUCACAAGGUCAACUUGCAUCUGGACCAUCCAAGGAGGGUGAAACCAGUGACCAAACCCAGUCAAGACCUAACCCUCCCCAGUUUGUACAAGGAAUCAUCAAUGAUGCAGAACAGCACCAAUAUGAAGAAUGGCUUCUCCACACACAGCAGUUACUCCAAAUGCAACUAAAAUUUUUAGAGGAGCAGAUCGGAGCUCAUCGCAAGUCGCGUAAGGCUCUGUGUGCCAAACAGCGCACUGCUAAGAAAGCUGGCAGGGAGUUUGCUGAGGCAGAUGCAGAGAAGCUCAAACUGGUUACAGAAGAGCAGAGCAAGAUCCAGAAACAACUUGACCAGGUUCGUAAGCAACAGAAGGAACACACCAAUCUCAUAGCAGAAUACAGAAGCAAACAGCAGCAGCAUCAGCAGGGCUCAGGCAUUUUGAACCCAGGGUCUUCCUCACAGGGAUCUCCUCACAUGAUUUCCAAGAUGCCUGGUCAAAUGAUGAUUGGCCAGCAGGGGGCUCCAAUGAUGGGUCAACACCCUGGAAUUAUGCCCCAGGGUGGAAUGCCUGUCAGGAUGCCCCAAGGGCAGCCCUUUAUGGGAGGAGCCCAAACCCAGCACCCUGGAACUCUAGCUACCAGGGCCCCUGUUCCCCCUGGUGCUCCACCUGGGUUCUUCCCACAGGGGGCUGGAAUGCAAGGUUCAGAUCCCAGGACGCUCCAAGAAAGACAUCUUCAGCAUAGGAUGCAAAUGGCAAAACUUCAGCAACAGCAGCAGGUGAUGAUGGGCCAGCAGCCAAUGCCACACCCAGGGCAACAGGCUGGCAUGAUGACCCAGCCACAGCCUGGCAUGAUAAGUAACUCACUCAUUGUCCAACAACAACAACAACAACAACAACAACAACAACAACAAAACAUUCAACAGGGAAUGCUGGCUAACCAGGCCAGUCAGCAGAACAUGAUACAGGUUCAGCAAGGAAUGGUGGGAAGCCAGACUUUGGCCCAACCACCACAGAACCUUAUGGCUGGACAACCUGUAAAUCAGGGCAUGAUGACAGCACAACCUGGGAUGGUUGGGAGUCAGCAUGGUGGACCACCCCAGCAGCAGCAGAGGCCCCAGGUAAUGAUGGGCCAGCAAGGAAUGGUUGGAUCUCCGACUCAUCCUGGCCUGAGGGGUCCCCAAGGCCAGAUGGUUCCCCAACAACAGAACAUCCUGACUCAGCGCAUGCUUUUAUCUCAGCAGCAGCAGCAGCAGCAGCAGAAUGCUGCUAAGAAACUUGUCCAACUUCAACUACAGCAGCAGAUGGCACAGCAAAGACAACAAACACAAGGUCUAAUUAGUCAGUCCAGCCAAGAACAAGGACUUUCCCAACCCUCUGCUCCACAAUUGGGUCCUUCUCCUUCAGUAGGAAGUAUCACACCCCAACCACAAUCAUCUAAUGAAAGCUUGCAGAAGGGGUUUUCACAAGACAUCCAGAACUCAGGUCCCAAGGAGGGAGGGAUUCUCAGUCCUGAUCCAAGAACCCCGCCACAGCAAAUCGGACCAUCCACUCCCAGUCAGAUGGCCCUACAAGGCUCUGCGGGAGAUCAACAACUAUCAGACCUGGCACAACCACAACAGCAGCAGCAUGAGCAUCAGAACCAGAUUUAUAUGACCCAGCAACCACAACCAAAUGCCCAUUCUGUACCUCAGCAGCAACAAUCUGGCAUGCUUCCUCAAGUACAGUCGCAACAACAAAUUCAGAGCUCUCUCCAGAGGCAGGGAUCCCUCAAUGCAGAGAAGCCUGGUUUGAUUACUGUAAAGGAGGAAGGGCAGCAGAUAGAUUUCUUAGCUCAACAGCAACAACCGCAAAGUUCUCAAAAUGUCAGUCAGCAGUCACAAGAUCCCAGCAUCCAAUCACAUGAAGGAAAGGGCCAGAUGCAGAACAUCACAGGCCAGAACCUCUCUGGCCCAUCACAGCAAGUUAUGAUUGGUCAUCCUAGUCCACAGCAGCAAGCACUCAUGGCUCAGCAGCAGAAGCAACAGGCCAUGAUGGGCAUGAUGAGAGCCCAGCAGCAAGGGAUGAUGGGACAGAGAGCAGGGGUUCCACCUGGACAAAUCCGCAUGCCCAUUAAUAUUCAGGCCAUUAUUGCUCAGAACCCUCAGCUCCGCAGUCUUCCUCCAAACCAGCAGAUCCAACACAUUCAGGCCAUGAUUGCCCAGCGACAGCUCCAGCAGGGCCAGAUGCUGAGGAUGUCUGUAGGCCAGGGCCAGACAGGCCAGAUAAGGCCUCAAGUGCAGCAGAUGGGGCAGCGGAUGCUUGGGAUGGAAGGCCAGCAGCUACCAUAUGGAAUCAUGUCAAAACCGGGAGCAGUUGGCUCGCCACAACACUCAGGCAUGAUGGGCCAACAACAAGGAUUGGCCUCUCAGAUGCAGCAGGGAAUGAUGGUCCCUGGGCAACAGCAACAGGCACAACUAGGACAGGUAGUGCAGCACCAGCAGAUUAUGAGAGGCCAGGUGCCAUUGCCUCGUUCCCCAAUGGACCAGAGCCGUAUGGUAAGACCCAUGUCUCCACGUCAGCCCCUGGCCAAUUCUCCUGGAGAUCCACAGCGCCAUUCCAUGGUCCAGGCUAUGGGCAUGCAUCCACCUACUCCAAACCAGCAUCAACAAGCCCCCAUGGUAGCAGCCCGCUUGCAGGGCUCACCAGCCCAUGCAGGCUCUCCAAGAGGACCCUCAGCUCAGAGACUUGAGUCGGGCAUGAGCCCAGCCACCCCAGGCACACCUCAUUCAACCCAUGCCUCGUCCCCUUCUAUAGCUGAUGGUGGAGCUGGAAAGGGUAGUCCAUACAACCAAGUCAAGGCAUCUCCACUGAGGUCUCCUAGGGCCAAGAGUCCACUUGAUUAUCCAGGAUUGAAGGCAGAGCCUCAAACCUCAAACAAUGAAACACCUCAGAUGAACCUUGUCCCUGCCAGUUGUUCACAACAAUAUAAUAUUGCUCAGCAAUCAGUACCGGUACAGGCACAGUCUGGCUCUAGAGAAGGGGGCUUUUGCAAGAUGACCUUGCAGAACAUCAAACAAGAGCCAAGGGAGGUGCAGUGUGACAAUGAGGGAAGAGACGAAACUCACUCUGGGGCCAUAAAGCGAGAAGCCACUGGUGAGCCAGUAAACCCUGCCAACAGUGCUAGCUUUGCAAACACUGGAAACAUGACAGGAGAUCCUGGUGCACAAGGCGCCAGAUCUGAGACUGGACAGCAACUACUCCAGAAACUCCUGAGAACUAAGAACCUACAGCUGGCUGCUCAGAGACCCUCUGAAGGUAUCCACAAUGAAAUCAAUGGCCAUAUAAACAACAAACUGGCCAUGCUGGAGCAGAAACUUCAAGGGACGCCACGCAAUAUGGAAGAUCUACAGUCCAUCACGAAAAGGGCUCCUGUGGCAAAGGCCAAACGCACAAAUAAAACUACUGGGGAACGGGGACCUAACUCUCGGAAGAAGAACAAAAAGGAGGAGGUUGGAAAGAGCGCAGAAGCUUUAAUGAAACAACUGAAACAGGGUCUCUCACUGCUACCCCUUAUGGAGCCUUCAAUCACUGCCAGCUUGGACCUGUUUGCUCCCUUUGGAAGCAGCCCAGCUAAUGGCAAAGCCCAGCUUAAGGGCUCCUUUGGAAAUGCAGUGCUGGACAACAUCCCAGACUAUUACUCUCAGCUGCUCACCAAGAGUAAUCUCAGUAACCCACCAACACCUCCAGCUUCCCUGCCACCUACACCACCACCCUCAGUGCAGCAUAAGCUGCUCAAUGGGGUGACUGCUGUGGAGGAGCUGUCUGAGGGCCAGAAAGAGACUGAGACAACAGAAGACACUAUAGAUUCUGUUGCAGAGGAGGUGAAGAGUGUGGACAUUCUAGCAGCUCUCCCCACCCCACCACAUAAUCAAAAUGAAGACAUCAGAAUGGAGAGUGACGAUGACGACGCCUCUGAAAGCAUCAUCCCAGCAUCCUCCCCAGAGAGUAAUGUUGGUGAUGAAACGUCACGUUUUCCUCACCUCCGAGAGCCCAAGGAGGAAGAGACUGAGAGAUCGAUAUCCCCCAUCAUCCCCCUCAUACCUCGCACAGCCAUCCCAGCGUUCCCAGAGAAUAAACCAUUUGAAGCAGCUGAAAAUAAAGUUGUUCCCACACCCAACCACUGGGACAAGGCCAAGAGCAAUGAAGUUUCAGUAACCUUCAUGCUCUCUUCUGCUGCAGCCAAGAAUCUGGACCAAGUUAUGGUGGCCAUGGCCCAGCUCCUUCACAUACGAAUGCCAGGUUCCUAUGAGGUCACCUCCCCCCCUAGCCCAGGCACACCUGGAGCCACUGGGCCAGGGAAAGCUCCAGACCAGUCAGGCUCUCUGUGUGUAAAGGAUGGCACUUCACCUAGCCAGGAUGAGUGGUUGAGGCAGUUUGAUGUCUCUCUACCUGGCUGCACUUUGAAGAAACAGGUUGAUAUUCUGUCACUCAUUAAACAGGAAUUUCCUGAGCACGAGGACAAACCGGUCCAGCACUGUUACACAACCAAUGUUAACGACUUGGAUGUGCGCCAUCUUCCUGUUAUACCAGUGGAGGAAUCUCCACCCCCAUCACCCUCCCCUCCACCUGCUUCCCUGUCUGCCCCAGAUCCUCCUGCUUGUGAAGCUGAACUUUUGACAAAGCCAGUCUCUCCCUCCUCUCCCUCCAGCCCUGCCAUUGUCCAAAUCAAGACUGAGCAUGAGCAGGAGGCUAUUGCACUUCCAAGUAAUACACAUUUAUCUGAAGGUACAGAGUUUGCAGUUGCUGCUGCAGAAUCUACAACUGAUUCAGCUGCAGCCUCAGAAGUUCCUGACCCCACCAAUCCUACUGAAGAUAGUCUGGUUACAGAUACUAAGGAGGAAGAUUGUGCUGCUGAGCCAACACAUCUUCCUAAAGACUCACCUACCACUGAGUUAUCCCCCAAGGUCAUCAAGCAGCGCAGACCCCUCUCUCCUGAUGAAGUGGUACAGCCAAAAGUGAAGAAAUGGAAGGGGAUUCGCUGGAAGCGUCUUCAGAUUGUCAUUACUAUUCGAAAGGGUGGCUCUAAAAAGGAGAACAGCCGUGAGGUAUCAGAGCUGAUGGAGCGCUUGCGCAUCACUCUGCGGCCAGACAAGCUGCCUCGAGACAAACGCAAGUGCUGUUUCUGCCACGAAGAGGGGGACGGAGCCACAGAUGGACCAGCCCGUCUGCUUAACAUUGAUGUGGACUUGUGGGUGCAUCUCAACUGUGCCCUAUGGUCCACAGAGGUAUAUGAAACCCAGGGCGGUGCCCUCAUCAAUGUGGAGGUGGCCCUGCGUCGCGGCCUGCGCACACGUUGCGCCUACUGCCAGAAAACAGGUGCUACCAACAGUUGCAACCGCCUCCGUUGUCCGAAUGUCUACCAUUUUGCCUGUGCGAUCCGUGCGCGCUGCAUGUUCUUCAAAGACAAGACUAUGUUGUGCACCCAGCACAAGCUAAAGGGGCCAAGUGAAGAGGAACUCAGCACCUUUGCAGUCUUCCGCCGUGUCUACAUUGAGCGUGACGAGGUAAAGCAGAUCGCCAGCAUCUUGCAGCGAGGCGACCGCAUCCACCUGUUCCGUGUAGGUGGCCUCAUCUUUCAUGCUGUUGGUCAGCUGCUACCCUCCCAGAUGGCCAUCUUUCAUUCACCCACUGCUAUCUUCCCCGUCGGCUAUGAGGCCACACGCAUCUACUGGAGUACACGUGUGCCCAACAAACGCUGCCGCUACCGCUGCCGCAUUAAUGAGAAUGAGGGUCGACCGCUAUUUGAGGUGCGCGUUCUGGAGCAAGGCAUGGAGGAUUUGCACUACCGUGACACUAGCCCAGAGGGCAUCUGGGACCGGGUGGUCCAAGAGGUGGCUAAGCUUCGGGAUGAAUCGGCCAUGUUGAAGCUGUUCACGGACCACGUCAAGGGGGAGGAGAUGUAUGGCCUCACUGUCCAUGCUGUCAUGCGCAUCACGGAGUCGUUGCCCGGGGUGGAAAACUGCCAGAGCUACCAGUUCCGCUAUGGUCGCCACCCCCUGAUGGAGCUCCCUCUCAUGAUCAACCCCACUGGCUCUGCUCGCUCUGAACCUAAGGUUGCUACACAUUGCAAGAGGCCCCACACCCUAAAUAGCACUAGCAUGUCCAAAGCUUACCAGAGUACCUUCACUGGGGAGAUCAACACACCUUACAGCAAGCAGUUUGUUCACUCAAAGUCCUCCCAGUACCGGCGGCUGAAGACUGAAUGGAAGAACAACGUGUACCUGGCUCGGUCACGUAUCCAGGGCCUGGGUCUUUACGCCGCCAAGGACCUGGAGAAGCACACCAUGGUCAUUGAGUACAUCGGCACUGUCAUCCGUAAUGAGGUGGCCAAUCGUCGUGAGAAGAUUUACGAGGAGCAGAACCGAGGCAUCUACAUGUUCCGCAUCAACAAUGAGCAGGUGAUCGAUGCAACCCUGACAGGUGGCCCAGCUCGCUAUGUCAAUCACUCUUGUGCCCCCAAUUGUGUCGCUGAGGUUGUUACAUUUGAUAAAGAAGACAAGAUCAUUAUCAUCUCCAGUCGCAGGAUCCCCAAGGGAGAAGAGCUGACCUAUGACUAUCAAUUUGACUUUGAGGAUGAUCAGCACAAGAUCCCUUGCCAUUGUGGAGCCUGGAAUUGUCGGAAGUGGAUGAACUAAAAUGGAGAAGGGGGAGAGAGAGAAUUGCCUUCUCACUGGUGCCAGAACACUCCUGCGCCAAAGCCUUUUGAAUCCUACUUACCCAGUGCAUAAGCUGUUUUGAAAGACGUGGAGGAAGACAGGCCUCCCAUCUGUGAAAGACUAUUGUGUUCACACCUGUAGCCAAAGGUUUGAAGAGCAUUAACCGAUGUAAAGCAACCAACCACCUCCGCUAACAGCAGCCUGAUGGUGGGACAAUCUUUUCUGUUUGGCCUGGUGGAUUGAUCCUUUCCUCUGCCAAAAGCAACCCUUUCCACCUCUACUGCACCCUCUCAAUAAGCUGACAGUGGCUGGAAACAAUCCUCAACCUCUACCAAAUGAUACUGAUCCUGCUCUUCUGUCUAAUAUCAAUACUCAUAGUACAGAGCUCAUCCAGAAGCUUUGAGGAAAAAAAAAAGCCAUUAAGUACUAAGAAUGAAUUAAUGCAUUUUUAUGUUUUAAGUUGGACCUAUUUCCUUUCCUACACCCCUCCCUCCCCCCACCUCCCAGGAAAAAGACACUUUCCCAUCAAGUCAUCA